AACCCCCGCACUGGGAUUGGACGCCAGAGAACCAGGCGGAGCAGGCGGGGACCCCAGAAGCCCAGGCUCCCCGCUCCCUGCACUCAAACGCUGUUGUCCCAGCCAAGAGAACCUAGUGCUGGGCCCUGGCUGCCUGUGGCCAGCACGGAGGCGGCGGCGGCGGCCCGCAGUGCAGGCCAGUACAGGGCAGCCACGAUGUUUGACAGCUCACAGUAUCCCUAUAACUGCUUCAAUGACGACGCUGACGACUACCCUGCCGGCAGCUCCGACGAGGAAAAGCGGCUUACAAGGCCAGCGUACAGCUACAUUGCUCUCAUCGCCAUGGCCAUCCAACAGAGCCCCGCGGGCCGCGUAACCCUAUCAGGCAUCUACGACUUUAUCAUGCGCAAGUUCCCUUAUUACCGCGCCAACCAGCGCGCCUGGCAGAACUCCAUCCGCCACAACCUGUCGCUCAACAGCUGCUUCGUCAAGGUGCCACGGACCGAGGGCAACGACAAGGGCAAAGGCAACUACUGGACGUUCGCGGGCGGCUGCGAGUCCCUCCUGGACCUUUUCGAGAACGGCAACUUCCGUCGGCGACGCAGGAGACGCGGCCCCAAGCGCGAGGAGGCCCCGGGUCCCCUCGAACCAACAGCGCGCGGGUCCCCGGGCCCCGACAGCGCUCAAGCCCCAGAUCACGAGGCCCAGGCCAGCCCUACGACACACAGAGACAUCAAAUUCAGCAUUGACUACAUCCUAUCUUCCCCGGACCCUUUCCCAACUCUCAGGUCAUCCUGUCACUCGCAGGAAGCCAGGCAGAACUUGAACCGGGCAUCUUGAAUCAAGAACCUGGAC